AUGACAAGUUCAAGGAGACGGGAGUGGUUGGAGGCAGGCAUCAACGGCAGCACGACAAGUUCAAGGAGACGGGAGUGGUUGGAGGCAGGCGUCAACGGCAGCACAGCAAGUUCAAGGAGACGGGAGUGGUUGGAGGCAGGCGUCAACGGCAGCACGACAAGUUCAAGGAGACGGGAGUGGUUGGAGGCAGGCAUCAACGGCAGCACGGCAAGUUCAAGGAGACGGGAGUGGUUGGAGGCAGGCGUCAACGGCAGCACGGCAAGUUCAAGGAGACAACGGGAGUGGAGGUUGGCAGGACAUGAGACAGUCGACAACGACAAGACUUAA